AUGUUCAAUCAGAAAAUGAUUACCGUUAAGAUGUCCAAAAUUUCCGAUUUUAAAGUGAUUAGAUUCUGGUUUAGUCUUGGGAUGUGUGUCUUGGUUCUGUUUUUGAAUAGUGCAUCUGGAACAAGUGAAGCGGAUUUAGCAAUUGUGACUGCUCAGCCAGCUUCGCCUACCAUAGAAGAUGUGUUUAAAACCAUGAAAUUGAUUGGUUGUACUUUUAACAACAAGAUAGAAACAUUGUUGAUUAGACCGUAUAUUCCCAUUCCGCCAGCCGAGCCAGGCAUAGAUGCCGUAGCGGAAUUGGCCUUAAGUACACCCAAUAAUCCAGUACAAGACAAUGUUCCUAGUUAUAUGAUAGAGUACAAUGAACUGUCUAUCACAAUUGAUCUACCCGACUAUCCAAAUAUAGAUAGUGCCAAGGAGGCAUUGACCGAGUUAAGAAAGAUUGCCGUGAUUAAGAUGCCUGCUACUCAGUAUGUUUCUAUUUCAUACACAGUGGCCGAUCCAAUCUGUCAUCAUAUAAACUUGCAAAUUCUAUCUCGGCUUGUUAAUAUGUUUGUUGGUCCCACCAUAGAAAUCAGCUUGCAUCCCAAUCAGAAAAACAAAGCACCGCCCACCGAGCUAGUUAGGACUGCCUGCCAAGAAGAAGCUCAAAACACAAUUAGACAUGGUGCUCCAGAGUCGGCGUGUCAACGGCAAUUUUCAACUACAAAGAAUAGUAAGCUUCAGGAUUUGCUAAUCAGUGGCAUCUUUGUGUUACGGCCGAUUUACACAGUCUUUUUAGACGAGAACGAAGUUCAAAACACGCCGCUUCUUAUUCAUCUACCGCUAAAAACGAACUACAUCGUCGCUAUUUCAUCCCCGCCUAAAGUAGUUGAAAUUGAUUGUGGAUUCCUUCAAGCGAUCAAUGUCGAAUGCAGCCGCAUCAUUAUUGAUGGGCCUGAGAGUACGAAGAUAACACUAACUGGUCUUGAGAAUGCCACCACACGCCAUCCCGCGCUAGCUCUACAUAUGGAUUGUGAUACUUUUCGAUGUCUUUACAACCACAACACCACCCAGGUCAAAGUUCAUACUCUCUCCGGUCUUAAUAUCACUCCAGAGUCAGAAGAGCUAUUCUACCAAGGUAUUCAAAACUGUCCCUUUACUAAGCUAUGGCUUGAUGCUAUUAAGGUAGUUUCCAAAGUCUCCAAACGCAUGCCAUGCCGGUCCUUAGCCCAACACAGGGAAUAUUACACUCAAGAAUCCCUUAUCCACUAUGGUCUCCUCGUUGAGGAAGUUGAUCUCAACUACGAAGGCCAACGGGAUGAUUUAUAUCAAACCCUACAGGUCUUUUGCAAUAUCUGUGCUUUAUCGGCCAUGCCUAUUGACGUCCACAACAAAAGUAUUAUCUGCCAAGGCGGCACUCUUUGCGAUAAUAACUGGAUGCUUCAAGAGCGAGUUUGCAUUCAACUUGAGCAUCCUGAUUUAUCCUUCUGGCUCAAAAGAUAUCAAGAUAAGCACGCAAUGUGCUUCUGUCAAAACAUCCGCUACAGAGCCAUUGAAAUUAAAGGAGAUGAGUGCCCAAGAGACAACCAAACAAAAGAUUGUAUCGGCUUGCUAAAGGUGUUUCGAAGCAUUACUGCCCAGGAACUUAAGAUCACAAACAUUUGCAACAACAAUGAAACCGCCAGUGACUUUAAUUUAGAUACUCUAAUAACCGAGACCACUAAAGGGCCCAAAUACUCCCUUGAUGUCAAAAUUCUGAUCUUAGACAAUGUUGAUAUCAGCAUUAUUUAUUGGAUAUUGGGACACUACGACUUAGAUGGCCCGAUCGAGAUCCAUAUUCUGAACCAGCACUUCACCAACCUUGCAAUCACCCAGAUUCUCGCCUUCUCUAAAGCCCAAAAUGUCAAAGCACUCGUGAUCAAUGACUUCCUUGAAUUAGAUGAAGUCAAGUAUCACAAGCACCCAGAUCAAAUUCAAGAGUUCUCCCUAUUCAAACAUGUAGCAACGGCUAUACAAGCAAACAAAACAGUUCAGAGUCUUGGCUUAGACAAACUGUCUCUACUGCUGGGCAAGACUGACUUUAGCCUGCAUAAUGACGUGUUGGAAGAGCUUUGUAGCUAUGGAAUUCAAAUUAGAAGUGUAUUAUUUGAUGCCUACCUCGCAUGCACUGCAAUGAAUCCUAAGCAAGCCAGCAUAGCAAAUAAGGACGAGUUUGCGCUCUAUGACAUUAAUCUAAUGGCCUUAAAAACCGACUAUGCCCAAUGUCAUGCCAAAAGCCUAUUACAAUCAAGCUCAACCCAAUCACAGGAAUCUUUAAUUCAAAAACAAAGUCUUAAUAGCUUAACCCUACAUUUUAGCGACAACCAAUCAAUAACUGAAGAAAGUCUAGUAACUAUUGUCCGUUGGGUGUCUUGUCGAUUUGUGGGCGUGGCUACGUUGCGACUAGCAAGUGUUGAGAUACCGGAACAAGAGCGAAAGACCAUCGCAUCGCGUGCCUACUUAAUUCGUGAUCUUGAGUUGCUCAAUAGUAUUCAAUUAGAGACUACAGAUGCAAGCCAUUCAUAUAUCGAGUUGUUGUCUCAGUCAUACCACAAUAACUCUGUGGUAAACUUCCCCAAUCCCAACUCCGAAUUCACUGCCGUCUCAUCUACCAUGCUACUUUCUCUUCACAACCAGCUUGACAGUCUUAAUGACCUCAUACCCGAACACGCCAACAACAAUGCUUCCCUUCAAAAGAUCAUAACACAUCUCAAGAACAACAAAAAUGAUGUCGGUUGUCCCAUUUGUUUCCAAGGUCUUGUUAUUCCACAAAAAGGCGAACAAGAGGAUGAUGUACCACCCGCCAAACGAUUUUGUCCAGUGUUUGUUCCGACUGAAGAUUUAACAAUGCUUUGCUUCUUCAAGUGUGGACAUCCUGUUUGUCAUACGUGCAUGCCCAAUGUUCAGAAAACCAAUAAGUGUCCAACUUGUAUGGGUGAAAAGAUGUGGGAGAAUGUUCACCAACUGAUAAGCAUUCCUUUGUCUAGCGUUGUUUUUGCCAAAGAUGACUCUGAAGUACCUUUUGCCAACCCUAAAUGGCUAGAAGCCAUUACAUGGCAUGAUGGCCAAGUUUAUUUCUAUUUACACUACAAAGACAUUCCCGAUCUCCUCACCAACCUCAACAGUCAUACGACCUAUGGCGAGGGCCAUCGUAUUCACAUUAUUUGA